AUGGAUAUCGAAGAUGACAUUCGAUCUUUACAGCUUGACUCAGCAGCAGAAGAUGUUAACGGGGUGGUAAAUCCAGAAGAUGAGAAGCCAGAUGUUGAUGAUUUAGAUAAGAUGGAUGAAGAUCCUAAGCAGGAGGUUCAGGUUGAGGCUGUUGAGGCCGAGCCAAAAGAUAAGGAAAUUCAUGCUGUUGAGGCUGAGCCUAAAGCAAAAGAUAAGGAAAUUCCUCCUGUUCAAGUUGAAGAAGUUGAGCAGAUGGAGAAAAGGCACUUGAAUGUUGUGUUUAUUGGGCAUGUUGAUGCUGGCAAGUCUACAACUGGAGGCCAGAUACUUUUCCUCAGUGGGCAGGUUGAUGAUCGAACUAUCCAAAAAUAUGAGAAAGAAGCUAAGGACAAAAGUAGAGAAAGCUGGUACAUGGCUUAUAUUAUGGACACAAAUGAGGAGGAGAGAGCAAAGGGAAAGACAGUUGAAGUUGGAAGAGCACACUUUGAGACAGAGACAACGAGGUUCACCAUUUUGGAUGCACCUGGCCACAAGAGCUAUGUUCCUAAUAUGAUUAGUGGUGCAUCUCAAGCUGACAUUGGAGUGCUGGUAAUUUCUGCCCGGAAGGGAGAGUUUGAAACUGGAUUUGAGAGAGGUGGACAAACUCGUGAACAUGUCCAGCUUGCCAAAACAUUGGGUGUAACUAAGCUGCUCGUGGUUGUCAAUAAAAUGGAUGAUCCUACAGUAAACUGGGAAAAAGAAAGGUAUGAUGAAAUCGAGUUAAAGGUGAUUCCAUUUCUAAAGCAAUCAGGAUACAAUGUAAAGAAAGAUGUCUCAUUUUUACCAAUAUCGGGGCUCAUGGGUUUUAACUUAAAAACUAGAAUGGAUAAAAGCACUUGUUCAUGGUGGGACGGGCCUUGCUUAUUUGAAGCCCUUGAUAGUAUCGAUGUUCCUAUGGGAGAUCCCAAAAAUCCUUUCAGGAUGCCUAUAAUUGACAAGUUCAAAGACAUGGGAACUGUUGCUAUGGGCAAAGUUGAAUCUGGGACUAUUCGGGAGGGAGAUUCCCUUUUCGUUAUGCCUAAUAAGGAUCAAGUUAAAGUUGUUGCUGUAUAUAUUGAUGAAAAUCGGGUAAAACGUGCCGGACCUGGUGAAAAUUUACGGGUUCGAUUAUCUGGUGUUGAAGAAGAAGACAUAUCAGCUGGGUUCGUCCUUUGUAGUGUUGCAAAUCCAAUACCAGCAGUUACCGAGUUUGUUGCACAGUUGGCAAUACUUGAAUUAUUGGACAAUGCUAUUUUUACUGCUGGAUACAAGGCUGUUCUGCACGUCCACUCUGUAGUUGAGGAAUGUGAGAUUGUUGAACUAUUGCACCAAAUUGACCCAAAGACAAGGAAGCCUUUGAAAAAGAAAGUUCUCUUUGUAAAGAACGGUGCUGUUGUAUUAUGCCGUGUUCAGGUUGGUAGCUUGAUAUGCAUUGAGAAGUUCUCUGAUUAUCCACAACUAGGGAGGUUCACUCUUCGCACGGAAGGAAAAACUGUUGCUGUGGGAAAAAUCACUGCUAUGUGA